UGCGCGUCACCGACGUGGCGAAGGCGGUGCUUUUUCCCUCCCUCUUUACUCCUGUGAAUUUUAAGUAGAACAGGCGGGCUUUCUUUCCUGUUUUUAAACUUUACUUCUUAAAAAAGAUUAGUUAGCCCCACUACAGUUCAUAUAUAGAUAUAUAUAUAUAUAAGAACUACAGUAAGGGACAUCUGUAAGCCGAUUCAAAGUAAAAAGAGGGCCUGCUUCCCCUCAAAGACAGAGGCCAUCAUGAAGCUGACGGACAAUGUGCUGCGGAGCUUCAGAGUAGCGAAGGUGUUUCGAGAAAACUCUGACAAAAUUAAUUGCUUCGAUUUCAGUUCAAACGGAGAAACAAUUAUUUCCAGUAGCGACGACGAUUCAUUAGUCUUGUACGACUGUCAAGAGGGAAAGCCUAAGAGGACCCUCUACAGUAAAAAGUAUGGAGUGGAUCUGAUCAGGUAUACACAUGCUGCAAACACUGUGGUCUACAGUUCCAACAAAAUCGAUGAUACCAUCCGGUACCUGUCCCUUCAUGACAACAAAUACAUCCGAUACUUUCCUGGGCAUAACAAAAGGGUGACAUCUCUCUCCAUGUCACCUGUGGAUGACACAUUUAUUUCUGGCUCAUUAGAUAAAACUAUCAGACUGUGGGAUUUGCGUUCACCUAACUGCCAGGGUCUGAUGCACCUGCAGGGGAAGCCUGUAUGCUCCUUUGAUCCAGAGGGCCUGAUUUUUGCUGCUGGAAUAAAUUCAGAGAUGGUUAAACUUUAUGAUCUGCGGUCAUUUGACAAGGGUCCCUUUGCAACCUUCAAGCUUCAGUAUGAUCGGACAUGCGAGUGGACAGGACUCAAGUUUAGCAAUGACGGCAAACUCAUUCUUCUUUCUACUAAUGGCGGAGCUCUCCGAAUCCUGGAUGCUUUUAAGGGUGCUGUGCUACAUUCCUUUGGGGGCUACAACAACAGUAAAGGUGUAACGCUGGAGGCAUCAUUCACUCCAGAUUCUCAGUUUGUUAUGAUUGGCUCUGAGGACGGAAAGAUCCAUGUGUGGAAUGCAGAGAGCGGCAUGAAGGUGGCAUUAUUAGAUGGGAAGCACACGGGACCAAUUACCUGCCUGCAGUUUAACCCCAAAUUCAUGACAUUUGCAAGUGCCUGCUCCAACAUGGCGUUCUGGCUCCCCACCAUCGACGACUGAUGGCAAAGUGAAGGCUUCUGUUGAAGGCCAAAGUUGAAGUGACCAGCAGGGGUCAGCACAGCCAGCUCAGUGGCAAUAUCACAGGAAGUGUGGCCUGUUCGGUUCAAAUUGUAAAUAAGUAGAAGCAGAAGUAGAUCAUUGUCUAUUCUUUUUUAUAUUUCUAUUUAACAUUAAAUUUUUUCUUUGUAA